AGUUGCGGAAUGCUCAAGGGCUGUUGCAAACAAGCCAGAAAAUUAUCUUCUAUCAUUGGUGCGCACUCAGCACGUGUUGCUUUUUUCUGUUGGAGCAUUUUCUUUCUUUACAUAAUUUCAAAGUACAACGGAAACAGGAAACAGGGACUUGUUUCGGGAGAUGGAGCCCCCCGCGUGAGAAGGCAGUUUCACGAAUGGAAAAAAUGCAUGGAGACAGCCAUAUACGAGUACCGCAACGAUUCAAAAAAAUUGUGGUGGAAUCUACGCAAGGCAGUGAAAUUAUGCGAAACAAUGCCGUUUAUGGACGAACUCAAAAUUGAUGACUUCAAAAAUCACGACGAAACGAAACGCCACACCUUACCAUUGCAGCAGACACCCAGCAUCAUAGUGACUUUGGGAGUUGGACAUGAAACGAGGGCCGAGGAAGCUCUGCGAAAGGUGCUGCCAAAUGGCACUCGAUUUUAUGGAGCGGAUCCAAUCCAAGAAGUCAAUGAAGUACUUUAUUCGAAAAUUGGAAAAUUUUUCCCAUUUGCUAUUGGGGCCAAAACGCAAAUUUCAAACGCUAGUGUUCUCAUCAACAAAACUUACGUGAUGCGCAAUGUGAUUCAUGUCGAGUUGGCUCACUUUCUUACGGAUAUAAUAGGGCACAAAAUUUACGACAGUCUAUGGAUUGACAUUGAAGGUGCGGAAUAUGAGUUAUUUCCUUACUUUUAUCGAGAUGGCAGAUUGGACCAAUUUGGCGUAACCCUUUGUCAGUUCAAUAUGGAGGUGCGCUACUAUGCUUUUAAGCUCUGUCCGACUCCUUACGCUUCUUUACUAAAGUCAAAUUUACUGAUUGAUAAAAUGAGCCCUGCGUCGCAGCUUUUUGCAUGA